AUGCCCGAGAGAGUGAGACCUCGCUAUGUUGGGUUUGGAGAGGAAUUAAAACAAAUUAUUAAACUUCUGCCAACACGCAGGGAAACCAUGCUCUUUUCUGCCACACAAACUAGAAAAGUUGAGGACUUGGCAAGGAUUUCUUUGAAAAUGCCAUUGUAUGUUGGUGUUGAUGACAAUAAAGCUAAUGAAGCAGUGGAUGGUCUUGAGCACGGCUAUGUUUUUGUUCCCUCGGAAAAGAGAUUCCUCCUACUCUUUACAUUCCUUAAGAAGAACGAGAAGAAGAAACUGAUGGUCUUCUUUUCAUCCUGUAAGUCCGUGAAAUACCACUAUGAGUUGCCGAACUACAUCGAUUUGCCUGUCUUGGCCAUUCGUGGAAGGCAGAAGCAAAAUAAGCGUACAACCACAUUCUUUCAGUUCUGCAACGCAGAUUCAGGGAUAUUAUUAUGUACUGACGUGGCAGCGAGAGGGCUGGAUAUUCCUGAAGUCGACAGGAUUGUUCAGUAUGACCCUCCAGGUGACCCCAAGGAACAUAUUCAUCGUGUGGGAAGAAUAGCCAGAGGCCUAAACAGGAGAGAGCAUGCCUUGCUCAUUUUACACCCUGAAGAAUUGGGGUUCCUUCAUUACCUGAAGCAAUCCAAGGUUCCAUUAAGUGAAUUUCAGUUUUCCUGGCCCCAAAUUUCUGACAUUCAGUCUCAGCUUGAAAAAUUGAUUGAAAAGAACUAUUUCCUUCAUAAGUCAGCCCAGGAAACAUGUAAGUCCUACAUUCGAGCAUAUGAUUCCCACUCUCUGAAACAGAUCUUCAAUGUUAAUAACUUAAAUUUGCCUCAGGUUGCUCUUUCGUUUGGUUUCAAAGUGCCUCCUUUUGUUGAUCUGAACGUGAACAGCAAUGACGGCAAGCUUAUAAAGAGAGGAGGAGGCGGUGGCUUUGGCUACCAGAAAGCCAAAAAGAAAUGA